CAGAUCUCAGACCAGACACUGAGUAUGAGAUCAAAUGUGCAGCCGUGGGACAACUGAACUACAGUGAUGUCAUCAGAGCUACUACACACCCAAACAUCAUCAGAGAGGGGAAGAGACAGGAAGCUUCAAGUCAGAGAAUCAUCAUGAGGAAACUCCUGGAAAAACUUGGUUUGGCAGAGUAUUAUGAUAAGAAGCUCACUUUACACACAGUUCUACAGAUUGACAAGAACAGUAUCACAGAUGUACCUGUUCAGUCCCUUUCAGAUCUGCCAUGGCUGUUCUUGAAGCGACUGAUGAUGCUACAAAGGACAGCCAGGAGUGUUAAGUGUUCGUUAACAGAUGGAACAGAAGACUCAGAUUGGGAUGAUGAUCAGGAGAGUGAAUCAGACUCUCUUCAGACAAUGAAUCCUUUAGAUGUUUUGACUGCUGUGUUCCUUUGUUCUGACAGUUUUCUUCAGCAGUUAAUGAUCAUGAAAAUGUCCAUGUGUCAGUUUGCUGUUCCUCUGCUGCUUCCAAACAGUGAUAACAAUCAGAUCACUCUUAUGCUUUGGGCAAUGAGAGAUGUUGUGAAAAUAUACAGACCACACUCCUUAUCAGAUCCAAGUGCAUUUGUGGAAGAAAGAAUUGCUCUCUCAGAAAUACCUUUAGUGUCUUUUGUAAGACUUGGAAGGUGCAACAUUUCCAAAUCAGAAAUUCUGAAUAAGUUGUUCAGCAAUCCACAGCAGUACAUUGAUACCUUUGUGCACUUCAACACUGAUUGUGGAAACAUAAGUAAGAAAAUAUCAGAUGGCCUAGUUGAGAUGUCCUGGUAUCUUCCUUGUGGAAACAAGAACAUUGAUGUCUUUCCUGAGCCUGUAGCGAUUGCUAACUUGAGAGGUGACAUUCAGAACUUUGAAACACAGUACGCAUUUCUGUGUGAAGUUUCAACUGCUGUGUUUGUGUUCUUUGAAACACAACUAUUAGAUUCACAGUUCAUUUUGGUCCCUAGUCAGAAAUCUAAGCCUCAGCUAUUUUUUGUGGGAGACUCCAACAACACGACCACAAAAGCUACAGUCAACAAGCUCAACCUGAACACAAGCAAUUUUAUCUUUAAAGCUAAGCAGAGUGAUGCAGAAUUUGUUGACAAAAUUCAGAGCAAGUUGCAAGAUGCAAUUAAGAACAACAGUCACAAAAUGUCAGUUCUUCAUUUAGCUGAGAUUGCAAGAAAUCUGGGAAUCUUGGUAGAUGAGGAUGCUGAAGAAUGUCAGCAUGCCAAAGCAAGUGCAGAUGAAAUCACAUCAAAAAUCAGUGAUAUAGUGCAGUUCAAGAAGGAGGAGCUGCCCUUGCAAGGGGAAAUCUUGAUGAAACUGGCCAAGUUAGAGAAGGAGGAAUGCAAUUUGAAGAAAAUAGGGGAUAAAAAUACUGAGGACUACAAAAAUCACCUUCAGAUACAGAAAAAGAAACUCAGAGAAGAACAAUACAGAAGAGGUAUAUCUGCUGUUAUGAGCUGCUUUAUCAAUGCAAUAUCAAUGCCAGAAAGGGCCUACUUCCUACAAUGGAUGAGAAUCAAUUUGGAGAAUCUCUCAUACAAAGUACUCCAAUUGUACAAAUGGAAAUGUCAAGAUGUUUGUAGGAACAAGAUGGAAGUUGCUGAGCUUGAUAAAAAGAUUUCAAACAGUUCUUUAGGAGUGGAGCAUUUCUUUCGAGAGAUAAGCCAGCUUUACGAAGCUGCAGUCUCACAUCCAGAAGAUGCACUUUACCAAAAACAAUUGGAACAUUUACCUAGACUCUGUGCUGAACUACUGCUGGAUGGAUUCUCACUUGAACUUCUGGAUGGAGAUUCUUCAAAUAUACCUGUAAAAUGGCUUUCUAGUGUGUUUUAUGAAUUAAACACACUGGUGAAGCCCAAAAACAAGAUUGUGGUUGUCACUGUUUGGGGCGUCCAGAGUUCAAGAAAGUCAGUGCUGCUGAACACCAUGUUUGGAGUUCAGUUUGCAGUGAGCAGUGGAAGAUGCACAAGGGGAGCCUUUAUGCAGCUCAUUAAAGUAGCAGAGGAGUGCAACACAGAACUUAAUUGUGAUUACAUAGUGGUAAUUGACACAGAAGGACUGAAAUCCCCUGAACAUGAUAAUGAGUUGGCAACUUUUGUUGCUGGACUGGGUGAUGUAACAAUUGUCAACAUUGCCACGGAAAACUCCACAGAGAUGAAAGACAUUUUACAGAUCAUUGUUCAUGCCUUCAUCAGAAUGAAGGAAAUGGGUAAGAAACACAAAUGUUUGUUUGUACACCAGAAUGUUGCUGAUGUCUCGGCUCAUGAUUUAAACAUGAGAGAUCGUAAGUUUCUGUUGGAGCAACUGGAUGAAAUGACACAAGCUGCAGCCAAUAUGGAAAACAAAUUUGAAUUCAAGAAAUUCAUAGAUGUGACGAAUUAUGACAUUGAAAUGGGUGACCACUACAUCCCUGAAUUGUGGCAUGGAAACCCCCCAAUGGCACCAGUGAGUAUCGGCUAUAGUGAAUCUGUGUAUGCUCUUAAAAAGCAUGUAAUGGAGAUCUUCAGAGAUCUUCAACGUCAAUGAACUUACUUAAUUGACUGUAAGUUUUUGGACUGCUGUGAAAUUUGAGAAAUUCAUCUUCAGCUUCAGAAACAGCCUGGUGGCUGAUGCAUACAUCAAACUGACCACAGAGUACAACAGACGGGACUGGACACUGAGAAAGCAAAUACAUACAUGGACAUUAGAAGCUGAAACGAUCAUCUUAAACCAUGGAAAUCUAAAAACUCUUGAGGAGUGCACCUAUGAAGAUAUCCAUUGUCAUUUACUAUAAUGAGAAGCAGAAGGACAAUAUGAAAUUAUUGACAAGAUCACAUCAUACUAUCAACAUGGACAAAGCCAUGUUGAACGUGUGGAAAAUUAUCAACAAGACUUGAACUGCACCAACUGUGCUCUAAAAACAAUGAGAAAGUCAAACAUGUCAGACUCCAAACUAGAGUUGGCCACCCCACUCACAAUUGCUACUUCUGUCUCUUUUUUUCUUGACAAGAAUUAUGUUUAUUUAGAUGCAGAUUGUCUUUAUGAUCACAUCAAAUGGGAGACAUUUCAGAUGUGCACUCCAACUUCGCCUCAGCACCAGGCGAAUACAGAAAAGGUAUAGGUGACAAGGGAGCUUCUGUAGAACAACAACGAACAAAUGAAACAACGAGAAUGCAAUGU